AUGACUGAGCAAGAUAUCAUAACCGUCCUUUGUGAUCCGCACCUCGUCGCCACCGAGACCAUACUUGCGCCUCACCAACUCAAAAAUGAUGAGACCAGCACUGGUGCUGGGAACCUGCCGAAGCGUGUUCCACCAGAAACCACGAUAAAGCCACGACGCCAUGUGUCUACCUUCAGACUUGGCGACGGCCGAACACUGCGCCCAGGUCUCCUGGUAGGCGCGAUAGUAGGCGCGCCACAUGCUCCAGCCGCGCUUCUCCGGGCUCGCGCGGUGCCUCCUCGCCUCGGCGUCGAGGUCCUCGAGGUGGUUGAAGUGCUCCAGCUGCAGCUGCGAGAUGGGGUAGACGGCCACCUGCUGCGCUAUCGAGGCGGACACGCCGGCGGCGAGGAGGAAGGCGGGCUCGAUGGCGUAGUGCGGCCGGAUGACGGUCGGUGCAGCGGGCAAAUCAUCACCAGCGGAUAUGUGGGCCUGCGAAUUUGGCAGAUUCUGGUAGUCGAGGCGCGAAGACAAUGGCCGUCGCCUGGACAAAACGUCGACCAUGGCCUCGCUGAGGUCCCCGUAGUACCACUUGACGAAUUUGUAGUAGCUCUGGGCCUUGACGUACUCAAAGGUGGAGAAGAAGACGGCGUUGCCGAAGCUGUCCUUGGCCAGUGA